CUCUUCGCCUAAGAUGCAAAAUGACUUUCCUGAAUAGAUGAGUGUGCAGGAGAUAUACCAUCGAGUCGCGUCUCAUCUCGGACCUAGCUACCUCAUACACCUUCUGUCGUGUGCCAUAUACAGGGCCCUAUUCACCAGAUCUUAGGAGAGGAUCACCACCAUCCUUCCAUCUCGUUAUUGAGCUCGUAAGCGUUCACCACUGGGCUCUCAUAUCCAUAAUCAGUUCCACAUCGCCUUUCAUCACUACUGGGCUCUUACAUCCUCAAACCAGCAGAUCAGCAUUGUCUCCUAUCACCACUGUACACAAUUCACCAUGGACAAAAUACCCAACCACCCAACCAUCUCUAGCAGCCAUUUUAUGGACUUGCACAGAAAAUUCUGUGCCAUUGACAACACUCUCACUCUCCACUACACUGCCCACAACGUCGAUCCACUCUUAGUGAAGAUCUUAGACUCUUCCGCUACAUUGGCACAGUGCAGAAUCCAAGUCCUGGAUGUAGAGAUUAUUCUCCUUAUAAAUCCAGAGAUAUUCUCGAUCUACAAGACUGGUUCCAACAAUUACGACUAUACUAAGAUUUUCAUCAAGUUCCCCAGCAAUUUCAACCAGGGCAUGAUCCAGACCAGGAAAGAGGCAUUUGCUAAGGAUAUCGAAAACUGGAUUCUCCAGAAUAAGGACACCCAGACAUUUUUUCCUAAAGGCAUUCCGGAGAUACUCAAACAAAAAGAACAGAAACAAGAAGUUAAUGGACGCCAACUGCCAAACCGGAUCACUAAAAUUACGAGAAAGUCAUCUCUAGCGGAUCUAAAGAACGACUCUUCUAAAUUCAAAUUUCAAGAACGUAUAGAAUUAAUAGAGCAACAAAAGAGCAACGGUAUGAGCUUGUUGGAGAGAAUAAAAUUGAAGGAAAAGCUCCGGAAAGAACAACUCGAAAGGGAAAAUGGUUCAAAUACACCUGAAGUCCAAUACGAAAAAUACUUGGUCGGUAAGUUUCCCCAAAUAUAUGAUAUGGUGUACCAUAUGAGUAAUACUAAUAGAGGGCCAGGGGAAGCGGUGCGAACAUUCUCAUGUCAGAAAUUAUGUGCAACAAUCGUGAACAGUCAUGACUACCCUUUAAAUAAGAAAGAAGUUGAGGAUGCUAUAAAGCUUAUGAGCAAGAAACUCGGUGACAAGUUUGUUGUGUUGGAAAGGGGUGGUGUGACUGUGUUGAAGGUUGGAAUACUUAGCAGAGAAGACGAUUUGAAAGUUUUGGCUUCCGAUGGGGAAAGUAUUUCUUCGGCCAAAAACUAAUUGUUCAUUCACUGGUGAAAGAACAUUAGAAAUAAGUUUGUAAAUAGCACUCGGAAUGCACUAUUCGUACGAUGAACAAUCAAAUUUGCCAAUGACGAUGAACUUGAGGCAAUCGCCCAUUAAAAAUCGCUUGUCA